CCUUGAGCCAAAAUCUUCCAAAAGUCCUCAGGAUGGACUAGUUCCAGAGUCAGGCCAGAUAGGCUCCAGGAGAGAGCCCUUGCGUCCAGUUUCCUUCUCAGGAAGGCUCAGGAGUUUGCCGUUGAGGAAGUCUAGACUUGCUCACAGAUUCUCAGCUAGGGGUGAAUCCCGGUGCAGGUCCGGGACUAGAGGCAGGAAAUGAGCCCUCGCUGUUGCAUCUCGGCAGCCUGGUUAAGGGUGGUAUCACCCCACCUGCCAGAGAGCAAACAGGACGGGAAAGGGGAGUGUCGGGUUACACGGCUUCGGAAUGGCGCACACCCAGGUCCCAAGCUUAGCCCUCCUCAGACAGCCAGGGGUGGGGGCCGGAAGGAGAGGCUGCUGUUGGGGAGUCCUAGGAAAAGGCGCGGUGGGCAGGGCCAGGUGCGGAGAAGAGAGGACGGGCGCCGGGGAGUUCAGGUGACUCCUGCUCUGGUCAUGCUGUUGUCCCCUGAUCUAGCUGGCCGUGCCAGGUGACCAUGCCAGCCCUUGGCUCAGCUCUUCUCCAGGUCCUCUGGGCUGGGUUGGUCCUUGCCCUCCAGCCUCCUCCACCAGCUGCUUUCACUCCCAAUGGCACACAUCUACAACACCUGGCGAGGGACCCCACCUCAGGCACCCUCUAUCUGGGGGCCACCAAUUUCCUGUUCCAGCUGAGCCCUGAACUGCACCUGGAAGGCAUGGUGUCCACAGGCCCUGUUCUAGACAGCAGAGAUUGCUUACCUCCCGUGAUGCCUGAUGAGUGCCCCCAGGCCCAGCUCACCAACAAUCCCAACCAGCUGCUCCUUGUGAGCCCAGGGGCCCUGGUGGUGUGCGGGAGUGUGCACCAGGGCGUCUGUGAGCAGCGGCGCCUGGGGCAGCUUGGGCAACUGCUGCUGCAGCCAGAGCGGCCUGGGGACACCCAGUAUGUGGCUGCCAAUGACCCAGCAGUCAGUACUGUGGGGCUGGUGGCCCAGGGCUUGGCCGGGGAGCCCCUCCUGUUUGUGGGGCGGGGAUACACCAGCAGGGGUGUGGGGGGUGGCAUUCCACCCAUCACAACCCGGGCCCUGAGGCCUCCAGACCCCCAAGCUGCCUUCUCCUAUGAGGAGACGGCUAAGCUGGCAGUGGGCCACCUCUCUGAGUACAGUCACCACUUCGUGAGUGCCUUUGUGCGUGGGGCUAGUGCCUACUUCCUCUUCCUGCGGCGGGACCUCAAGACUCCAUCUAGAGCCUUCCGCGCCUAUGUGUCUCGUGUGUGCCUUUGGGAUCAGCACUACUACUCCUAUGUGGAAUUGCCUCUGGCCUGCCAGGGAGGCCGCUACGGACUGAUCCAGGCUGCAGCAGUGGCCACAUCUGGGGAGGUGGCUGGUGGGGAGGUGCUCUUUGCAGCCUUCUCCUCAGCGGCACCCCCUACUGUGGGCCAGCCACCUUCUGCAGCUACUGGGGCAUCCAGAGCCUCUGCACUCUGUGCCUUCCCCCUGGAUGAGGUGGACCGACUUGCUAAUCACACACGAGAUGCCUGUUAUACCCGGAAGGGUCUCGCUGAGGACAAGACUGAGGUGGCCUACAUUGCAUAUCAUGUUAGUUCCUCCUGUGACCAGCUGCCGGUGGAUACCCCGGAUGCUUUUCCCUGUGGCUCGGACCACACGCCCAGCCCCAUGGCUAGCCGUGUCCCAUUGGAAGCCACACCAGUUUUGGAGUGGCCAGGGGUUCAGCUAACAGCUGUGGCAGUCACCAUGGAGGAUGGGCACACCAUUGCUUUCUUGGGAGACAGUCAAGGACAGCUGCACAGGGUGUACCUGGGCUCAGGGAAUGAUGGCCGCUCAUAUUCCACGCAGAGCAUCCAGUGGGGGUCUGCGGUGAGCAGAGACCUCACUUUUGAUGGGACCUUCGAGCACCUGUAUGUCAUGACUCAGUCCACACUUGUGAAGGUUCCUGUGGCCUCCUGUGCCCAGCAUCUGGACUGUGCAUCUUGCCUUGCUCAGCGGGACCCAUAUUGUGGGUGGUGCGUUCUCCUUGGCAGAUGCAGUCGCCGUUCUGAGUGCUCCAGGGGCCAGCGCCCAGAGCAGUGGCUGUGGAGCUUCCAGCCUGAGCCAGGCUGUCUGCGAGUGGCAGCCAUGAGCCCUGCCAACAUCAGCCGAGAGGAGAAGCAGGAGGUUUUCCUGUUGGUGCCAGACCUGCCACCCCUGUGGCCUGGGGAGUCAUAUUCUUGCCACUUUGGAGAACAUCAGAGUCCUGCCUUGCUGACCGGUUCUGGUGUGAUGUGCCCUUCUCCAGACCCUAGUGAGGUCCCGGUGCUACAGAGAGGAGCUGACCACGUGUCCAUGAGUGUGGAGCUCAGGUUCGGCACCGUGGUGGUCGUCACAGCUUCCCUCUCCGUCUAUGACUGUGUGGCAGUCACUGAGCUCCACCCGUCCGCACCGUGCCAGGCCUGCGUGAGCAGCCGCUGGGGCUGUAACUGGUGUGUCUGGCAGCACCUGUGCACACACAAGGCCACGUGCGAUGCUGGGCCGAUGGUGGUGAGCCAGCAGAGCCCGCUUUUCUCCCUAGCCCCUCCUACAAGAGACAUACCUAGCCCCCUCCCACCCACAGUCCCCCAAACCAUGGUCACACCUACCUCUGACACCGUUCCUGGGGAGCCUGGGGCUCCUUCCAUAACCCCAACCUCACAUGUGUCACCUGGGGUCAGGCCUUCCCUGCUCAGUCCCUGGAUGCCAUGGGCAGGAUCUGGCCCUAUACCUUCCCCCACCUCCACAGAGUUACCUCUCCACGAGAAGCCCCUCCUGCCCAGCCUCCCCACCAGACCUGGAAACUCUGUCCCUGCCCCCACUGACUUGGGACCUGCGGCCAUACCUGAGGACCUCUCGACCUCCCGCCUGGCACCCUCAGAAGCAGCAGCAAUGCCCCCUGCAGAGCCUGACCCUGAAGCCCUUCCCUCUACGGUGGCCCUGGACCAGCCCCCUGGCACUGCUCCUGCCACUACUUUCCCAGGGGCCGCUGGCUCCACGAAGCCUGCUGUGGACUGGCUCAUGAGAGAAGGCGGCGAGCUGCCCGAGGCAGACGAGUGGACAGGGGGUGACGCGCCCGCCUUCUCCACUUCCACCCUCCUCUCAGGUGAUGGAGACUCAGCAGAGCACGAGGGCCCUCCUGCCCCCCUCAUCCUCCUGUCCAGCCUGGACUACCAGUACGACACCCCCGGGCUCUGGGAGCUGGGAGAGGCGAGUUGGAGGGCCAGCUCCUGCCCCUGUGUGGAGAGCGUCCAGGGCUCUACACUCAUGCCUGUCAAUGUGGAACGAGAGGUCCGCUUGCGUGGCCAGAAUCUGCGCCUCCUGCAGGACAGCCCAGGAGACAGUGAGUGUGUGAUGCACCUGGAGGGCCGUGAGGUGGUGGUGAAGGCCCAGGUUGAGUGUGAGUUGCCUCCGAAUACCUGGUGCCAUGUCACGUGCCAGCAGCACCAGCUCAGCUAUGAGGCCCCACAGCCUGAGCUCCAGGUGGAGCUGUUUCUGCGUUGGGCCAGCCGCCUGCGUGUGGACAGUGCCGCUGGGCUGCAUGUGGUGCUGUACGACUGUUCUGUGGGACACGGGGACUGCAGCCGCUGCCAUUCCGCCAUGCCUCAGUAUGGCUGUGUGUGGUGUGAGGAAGAGCAUCCACGUUGUGUGGCCAAGGAGGCCUGUGGCAAGUCUGACGCAGUAGCCACCCAGUGCCCUGCGCCCCUCAUCUCCUCGGUGGAGCCACUGACUGGGCCUGUAGAUGGAGGCACUCGAGUUACCAUCAGGGGCUCCAACCUGGGCCAGCAUGUUCAGGAUGUACUGGACAUGGUCAGGGUGGCCGGAGUGCCCUGUGCUGUGGAUGCCCAGGAUUAUGAAGUCUCCAGCAGUCUGGUGUGCAUCACUGGGGCCAGUGGGGAGGAGGUGACUGGUGCCGUGGUAGUGGAAGUGCUGGGAAGAGGACGCGGCGUCUCCGAGCUCAACUUUGUCUACCAGGACCCCAAGGUGCAUUCCAUUUUCCCAGUUCAAGGCCCUAGAGCUGGGGGUACCUGCCUUACCCUGCGUGGUUCCAAGCUCCUGACGGGGCGCCUGGAGGACAUUCGAGUGGUGGUGGGAGACCAGCCUUGUCGCUUGCUCCUGCAGCCACAGCUGGAGCAGCUGCACUGUGAGACCAGCCCCUACCACAUGCCUGCCACCCUUCCUGUGACUGUGUGGUUUGGAGCCACUGAGCGGAGGCUUCAGCAUGGCCAAUUCAAGUAUACAGCAGACCCUAAUGUCACCUCCGCUGGCCCCACCAAGAGCUUCCUCAGUGGAGGGCGUGAGAUCUGGGUCCGUGGUGAGAAUCUGGAUGUGGUACAGAUGCCAAGAGUCCGAGUGACUGUGGCUUCAGGACCUCUGCAGCCUGCUCAAGGUCUGGGGCGGAGGCGCCAUGUGGUCCCAGAGGCAGUGUGUCCCCCGGGAUCCUCCUGUGGCGGUCAGCAUUUUGAGGAGCCUUGCACUGUGAACUCCUCCCAGCUCAUCCUGUGUCGCACACCUGCCCUCCCUGGCCUGCCCGAGGACCCCUUGGUCCGGAUGGAAUUUAUCCUCGACAAUUUGGUCUUUGACUUUGCAACACUGAGUCCCACUCCCUUCUCCUAUGAGGCUGAUCCCACCCUGAAGCCCCUCAACCCUGAGGACCCCACUGCACCAUUCCGGCACAAGCCCGGGAGUGUGUUCUCUGUGGAGGGGGAGAAUCUGGACCUUGCAAUAUCCAAAGAGGAGGUAGUGGCCAUGAUAGGAGAUGGCCCCUGCGUGGUGAAGACGCUAACCCGUUACCACCUGUACUGUGAGCCCCCCAUGGAGCAGCCCUUGCCGUGGCAUCCUGCCCUCCGGGAGGCACCUGACACUUUGCCUGAGUUCACGGUGCAGAUGGGGAACUUGCGCUUUUCCCUGGGUCACGUACAGUAUGACGGCGAGAGCCCUGUGGCCUUUCCUGUGGCAGCCCAGGUGGGCUUGGGGGUGGGCACCUCUCUUCUGGCUCUGGGUGUCAUCAUCAUUGUCCUCAUGUACAGGAGGAAGAGCAAGCAGGCCCUGAGGGACUAUAAGAAGGUACAGAUCCAGUUGGAGAAUCUGGAGAGCAGUGUGAGAGACCGCUGCAAGAAAGAAUUCACAGACCUCAUGACCGAGAUGACGGAUCUCACCAGUGACCUUCUGGGCAGUGGCAUCCCCUUCCUUGACUACAAGGUGUAUGCUGAGAGGGUCUUCUUCCCCGGCCACCAGGAGUCACCCUUGCAUCGGGACCUUGGUGUGCCUGAAAGCAGGCGACCCACUGUGGAGCAAGGCCUGGGACAGCUGUCCAAUCUGCUCAAUAGCAAGCUCUUCCUCACCAAGUUCAUACACACGCUGGAGAGUCAGCGUACCUUCUCAGCUCGUGACCGUGCCUACGUGGCAUCUCUGCUCACUGUCGCCCUACAUGGGAAGCUUGAGUACUUCACCGACAUUCUCCGCACUCUGCUCAGUGACCUGGUAGCCCAGUAUGUGGCCAAGAACCCCAAGCUGAUGCUGCGCAGAACAGAGACUGUGGUAGAGAAGCUGCUCACCAACUGGAUGUCCAUCUGCCUCUAUACCUUCUUGAGGGACUCAGUAGGGGAGCCUCUGUACAUGCUCUUCCGAGGAAUUAAGCAUCAAGUGGACAAGGGGCCAGUAGACAGCGUGACUGGCAAAGCCAAAUAUACCCUCAAUGAUAACCGCUUGCUCAGAGAGGAUGUGGAAUACCGACCUCUGACCUUGAAUGUGCUGUUGGCUGUGGGGCCUGGGGCUGGAGAGUCCCAGGGUGUGCCAGUGAAGGUCCUAGACUGUGACACCAUCUCCCAGGCCAAGGAGAAAAUGCUGGACCAGCUUUAUAAAGGAGUGCCUCUUGCCCAGCGUCCAGACUCUCACACCCUAGAUGUUGAAUGGCGGUCUGGGGUAGCAGGUCACCUCAUCCUUUCUGAUGAGGAUGUCACUUCUGAGGUCCAGGGUCUGUGGAGGCGCCUGAACACUCUGCAACAUUACAAGGUCCCAGAUGGAGCUACUGUGGCCCUUGUCCCCUGCCUCACCAAGCACGUUCUCAGGGAAAACCAGGAUUACGUCCCUGGAGAACGGACUCCAAUGCUGGAAGAUGUAGAUGAGGGAGGCAUCCGGCCCUGGCACCUGGUAAAGCCGAGUGAGGAGCCAGAGCCACCCCGGCCUCGGAGGGGCAGCCUUCGGGGUGGGGAGCGGGAGCGAGCCAAGGCCAUCCCCGAGAUCUACCUGACUCGCCUGCUGUCCAUGAAGGGAACCCUGCAGAAGUUCGUGGAUGACCUGUUCCAGGUGAUUCUCAGCACCAGCCGCCCUGUGCCUCUGGCUGUGAAGUACUUCUUUGACCUGCUGGAUGAGCAGGCCCAGCAGCACGGCAUCUCGGACCAAGACACCAUCCACAUCUGGAAAACCAACAGCCUACCUCUGAGGUUCUGGAUCAAUAUCAUAAAAAACCCACAGUUUGUGUUCGACGUGCAGACGUCUGAUAACAUGGAUGCAGUGCUCCUUGUCAUCGCACAGACUUUCAUGGAUGCCUGCACCCUGGCUGAUCACAAGCUGGGCCGGGACUCCCCCAUCAACAAGCUUCUGUAUGCCCGGGAUAUUCCCCGUUACAAAGGGAUGGUGGAAAGGUACUAUGCAGACAUUAGACAGACCGUCCCAGCCAGUGAUCAAGAGAUGAACUCUGCCCUGGCCGAGCUUUCCCGGAACUAUUCUGGCGACCUUGGGGCACGAGUGGCGCUGCAUGAACUCUACAAGUAUAUCAACAAAUACUACGACCAGAUCAUCACUGCCCUGGAGGAGGAUGGCACAGCCCAGAAGAUGCAACUAGGCUAUCGGCUUCAGCAGAUCGCGGCUGCUGUGGAAAACAAGGUCACGGAUCUGUAGGGACCUGGGAGCCCUGGUCUACUGUUGCCUUCGUCCUGUUGAGGCAGCCUUGGAACCUUGAAGGAGAGACCACCAUCUUAGAUGCCUGUAGUGACUGACAAGGAGAGUUAGAGAAAGGUGGUUCCCAGUCUCCUUGUAGCCCUGGCCUGAGUGGUGUUGGACCAUCCUACAGGCCUGGGGUCUUGAGGCACGUAGGGCAGUGCCUGGCCAGGUCUGAGCCCAGUGACCCUGUGAGCUACUUCCUGUGUGACACCAGCCUGCAGGGAGUUGGGGAUUAAGGGUUUCCAGAGAGUGGCUGGAAGGGCCUCCAGGCCCCUGAGGAGAUUGUACUAUUUGUGAACACUGGCCUUUGUCCCAUCAGGAUUCAGAGAGGAAGGAAAACAUUUCUACUUCCUGUCUUCCUCUUUCAUCCUCCUUGAACUUGGUCCAGCUUUCUCUGUCCUGUUGCUGCUGCCACUUGCAAGGUCUGAGAGAUAAAUGCCAUUUCUAGGUCACUGCACACUGACUUCUCAGGUGGGCUGGCUGCCUAAGGCCACCCAGCCUCCUAGGCAGCACUAGGUACCCUGUGUGAGGGGCAUGAGCUGCAGGGGCCCUUGGGGAGAGGGUGGCCUGCUCACCCAGCUUUCAUUAAAGGAUAACACACUGCGUGGAGUCUGAUGUAUGAGCCACCCGGCCCUCCCCUAGUAUGUGGGAGGCAGCUGUGCUCAGCAGGCACCUGGGGGAGGCUGACUUCACAUGUGCAGGGGUCUGGCCCUCAUGAGUGUCCCCCACUGCAGGUCUAGCUGGCUCUCUCUGUCUCCAGGGCAUGUCGAGGGAAGGAAGUGAGAACCCCAUCCAGGAUGGGGCUGGGGGAGGCCUGACACAGUGGAAGGGUCCACUGUCUGUCAGGGGCCUGCCUGUCCGCAGUUUGAGGUUUUUACUAUCUUCACUCAUACUCCAUUUGUUUUGAAAGGAGCUGGAGCAGGAUGGCACCAUGGCAGGAAACUCCAAACACAUGAGUUUUUUCAGUGUCCCUGUUUCUGGACCCCUGGUUUCAUGACUUCCAAGUCAAGGCAUCUUAGGGCAAGGGUUCAACCCAACUGCCUGCCUGCAUAAAGGCACCUUGUGUGUUUUUCCCUAUUUGUAGAUGGAGGUGAGUUUUGAGCCUUAGUGGCAUCUCACACUGCUGUUGGGUGAGUAAGGGUGGGGACUGAUGCUCUUUGGCCGAGACUACCCAUGGCAUCAGCAGGCCAGACCCUCACCAAACAGGCAAGAUGAGGGCCCUUCGGACAAAGAUCCCGAGGAGGCUGACCCCUGUGGCGGUUUGCUUACUUUACUCCCCAUUACCCAGAGGCCCCCACCCCACCUCCCUUGUCCUCUGUCCAGAGCCUUAGCCUCCCCUUGAGUGUUUGAAAAGAUAGAGGGUGAUACACUUUCAGGAAGAGUCCUUUCCUUCCUCUUCAUGGCCCUAAAGCAAUCUGCAAAGUCUUUGUCCCUAAGAUAGCAGGAGUCAUGUAGUUGGUUUUGUUCAUCCAUGUUAAGAGGAGUCGCAGCUGCUCUUUUGUGCUGGCUCUAAUGACCUUUCUCCAUUUCUGCCAGAUGUAGGGACUACAGACAGGUGAUGUCAUUUGGGAGCAUGUGAACUUUAGUUGUUUGAAUGAGUGCCCCCGGUACGUGUUUUUCUUUUUGGUACUGAGGAUUGAACCCAGGACUCACACACUAGGCAAAUGCUUCACCAUGGA